UUCACCCAGAGCUGGUUGCCGGAGCGUCGUCAAUGGGAAGGAAACGCCGCGUUGGAAAAAGCGCACAUUGUUUAGCCAAAUUUCAACUGCACCAUGGUUUGCGGCUCAGUUCCGUGUUUGUGGACUAUAUUUUGCCUUCAUCUAUGUUUUUAUGUGAACACUGGAAUAGCACAGAACACAAGAGAGGUGAUCCUGCUGGAUUCAAAGGCGCAGCAGACAGAGCUGGAAUGGAUAUCGUCUCCUCCAAGCGGGUGGGAAGAGAUCAGCGGCUUAGAUGAAAACUACACACCCAUUCGCACAUACCAGGUCUGCCAGGUCAUGGAGCCAAAUCAGAACAACUGGCUACGGACUAACUGGGUUGAGAAGGGCGAUGCCCAGAGGAUUUUUGUGGAGCUGAAGUUUACCUUGAGGGAUUGUAACAGCCUUCCAGGGGUGGUAGGCUCUUGCAAGGAGACGUUCAACUUGUACUACCAGGAAACCGACGUGGAGGUGGGCAGGAAUAUAAGGGAGAGUCAGUAUGUGAAAAUUGACACUAUAGCGGCGGACGAGAGCUUCACUCAGGGUGACCUGGGGGAAAGAAAGAUGAAGCUCAACACGGAGCUGCGUAUAAUCGGGCCCCUAUCCCGCCGAGGCUUCUACCUGGCCUUUCAGGAUGUAGGUGCCUGCAUCGCUUUGGUCUCUGUCAAAGUGUAUUACAAGAAGUGUUGGUCGAUUAUUGAGAACCUGGCCACGUUCCCAGAUACAGUGACGGGAUCUGAGUUUUCAUCGCUGGUGGAAGUGGAGGGCACAUGUGUCAAUGAUGCAGAAGAGGAGGCCGACAACUCUCCCAAAAUGCACUGCAGCGCAGAAGGAGAGUGGCUUGUACCCAUUGGGAAAUGUAUAUGCAAAGCUGGAUUUCACCAGAAGGGAGAUGCAUGUGAACCCUGUGGUCGUGGAUUCUACAAGUCUUCAUCCCAGGAUCUUCAGUGUUCCCGUUGUCCCGCGCACAGUUAUAACGACAGAGAGGGCUCAUGGAGAUGUGACUGUGAAGACGGCUAUUACAGAGCCCUCUCCGACCCCCCAUCAGUCGCCUGCACUAGGCCACCAUCAGCUCCUCAGAACAUGCUUUACAACAUCAACCACACCACUGUCAGCCUAGAGUGGACCCCGCCAGCCGACACGGGCGGCCGUAAUGACGUGACGUACCGGAUUAUUUGCCGCCGAUGUACCUGGGAGCCAGAAGAGUGCUUUCCUUGUGGGAGCAACGUUGGCUACUUGCCACAGCAGAGUGGAUUAAUGGACACCUACGUCACCAUCACCGAUCUGUUAGCUCAUGCAAACUACACCUUUGAGGUUGAGGCCGUGAACGGCGUGUCCGACCUUAGCCGUACCCAGCGACUGUUUGCAGCCGUCAGCAUCGCGACCAGCCAAGCAGCCCCAUCGCAAGUGAGUGAGGUGAUAAAGGAGCGAGUUCAGCAGCACAGCAUUCAGCUCUCCUGGCAGGAACCAGAGCAGCCCAACGGCGUCAUCACCGAAUAUGAGAUCAAGUACUAUGAGAAAGACCAGAAGGAUCGCAUUUACUCCACCGUGAAGUCAAAGUCUACUUCAGCCACAGUCAAUAAUCUGAAGCCAAGCACAGCGUACAUCUUUCAGAUCCGAGCAUUCACCGCCGCAGGAUAUGGCACCUUCGGUCCCAGAGUAGAGGUCACCACCAAGGAAGAAUCCACUGGAUCUGGUGAGCUAAUCACUACAGUUAUAUCGAGUGAGCAGAAUCCAGUCAUCAUCAUCGCUGUGGUGGCGGUAGCCGGUACCAUCAUCCUGGUCUUCAUGGUGUUUGGUUUCAUCAUAGGGAGAAGACACUGUGGCUACAGUAAGGCCGAUCAGGAAGGGGACGAGGAACUUUACUUUCAAUUUAAAUUUCCAGGCACCAAAACCUACAUUGACCCUGAAACCUACGAAGACCCAAACAGGGCUGUCCAUCAGUUCGCAAAGGAGCUGGAUGCCUCUUGCAUUAAGAUUGAGAGGGUUAUCGGCGCAGGAGAGUUUGGAGAGGUGUGCAGCGGACGACUGAAGCUGCCCGGAAAGAGGGAUGUGCCGGUGGCCAUAAAAACACUGAAAGUAGGCUACACUGAAAAACAAAGGCGGGACUUCCUGUGCGAGGCCAGCAUAAUGGGCCAGUUUGAUCACCCGAAUGUGGUCCAUCUAGAGGGUGUCGUCACCAGAGGAAAACCAGUCAUGAUAGUAAUUGAAUACAUGGAAAAUGGCUCAUUAGAUGCAUUCCUCAGGAAACAUGAUGGGCAGUUCACUGUGAUUCAGCUGGUGGGAAUGCUGCGCGGCAUCGCGGCCGGCAUGAGAUACCUCUCAGACAUGGGCUACGUCCAUCGCGAUCUGGCGGCGCGAAACAUCCUUGUCAACAGCAAUCUCGUAUGUAAAGUGUCCGACUUCGGCCUGUCCAGAGUGAUUGACGACGAUCCCGAAGCUGUCUACACAACGACGGGUGGAAAGAUCCCAGUUCGGUGGACAGCAAUGGAAGCCAUCCAGUAUCGUAAAUUCACAUCAGCUAGUGAUGUAUGGAGCUACGGGAUUGUCAUGUGGGAGGUCAUGUCCUACGGAGAACGACCUUACUGGGACAUGUCCAAUCAAGAUGUCAUAAAGGCUAUCGAGGAGGGAUAUCGUCUUCCCGCCCCCAUGGACUGCCCUCCUGGCCUCCAUCAGCUCAUGCUGGACUGCUGGCAGAAAGACCGAGCAGACCGACCCAAAUUCGAUCAGAUCGUCGGCAUCCUGGACAAAAUGAUCCGCAAUCCUAACACCUUAAAAACGCCAAUGGGAACGUGUACGCGACCCAUAAGCCCACUGCUUGAUCAGAACACUCCAGAUUUCACGUCUUUCCGAUUGGUCAGUGAGUGGUUGGAAGCCAUCAAGAUGGAGAGAUAUGUGGACAGCUUCACAGCUGCAGGCUACAGCUCGCUCGAAUCUGUUGCUAGAAUGACUAUCGAGGAUGUAAUGAGUUUGGGAAUCUCCUUGGUGGGCCAUCAGAAGAAGAUCAUGAGCAGUAUACAGACUAUGAGAGCCCAGAUGCUGCAUCUUCACGGGACGGGCAUUCAAGUUUGAUGGGCAUCGGCAGCACUCCCCGAUUUGAUGAAUCAGAACUCUUCAGGACAGCACCGCAAAAUGUGUGACACAGCAAAAAUAAUAAAUAAAUAAAAAAACAACGUUCCGUUUUUAACCUUCCAGAACUGACAGGACAGAAUCAUUCCUUUGUUAAUGGCGAAGGAUUUUGGUGAAGGUGCUGGAAACCAAGAGACAGAGAGACAUGGAAAACGCAGACAGACAAGAGAGAGAGAGAGAAUCUUAAACGGACAGUGACCACAGGAUGCUCUAAAGAACUCAUCAUGUCAUUGAGACGGAGCAUUCGGGAGGAUUUUUAUGCUUUGUAUGGACCUUGUUUAUCGUCACAGAUUUGCUCAUAGUUGCUAUAGAUUUCACUGAUUACUUUUUUAAAUCAAGGGUGAAUAUAAAAAUAAGCAAAUCCAAUUCAUAAGGAGUUCUUUUGCUUUGGUUUGUAAUAUCCACACUAAGGCAGUGUGGGACGUUACUCUUCUACUCGAUUGAUUUGUGUUAGCUUGUUUUCGCGGAUUGUGUUACGGAACUGACAACAGGGUAAACCGUCUCAUCUGGAGAGAAAGAGACAGAACCAGAGGCUGAAAACCGACAGAAGAGGUAUGUCUUCUCCAGCCAGCACUUUCUACAUGAAGCUCUCUCCAGACUGAAGCAUUGGCAGAGAAAGAGAGUCAGGCCGACUUGGUCUUUUAUAUCGAGCAGAAAUAUCCCACUGCUUGGUCACGUGAAGCUCCUGAGAGUGAUUGGUUGUGUUUAAGAACAGCCCGAGCAGAUGUUAGGUAUAUUUUAUGAUCCUACACGACAAUUCAGAUGUGAAUAAGUACAAAGAGAAUUGCUAACCACUUCAGGUGGAGUUUUUUUUUUUUUAUGUAAGAACUAUUACAGUGGCAAUAUUCUUUCUAAGUUUAUAUUUACCACAUGAAUGGAUUUAUCAGUGCUGUUGUUGAAUGUGUACUUUUUAUUAUUGAUAUCAUUUAUCAUAAAUACAUGUUUCCAUAAAGAAUGGGAAAAAAAAGAAAAAAAAAAAGAAAGAAAGCAAUUUUGAUUUAAUUGUUUAAGCAACAGUUUCAUUUUUGUUCAGUAUCAGUUGGUUUCCUAGCAGGUGACUGACUUGAAAAUCAUACAAUGUUGUGGUGUAAAGGAGUAAUACUGCCUUAAAACAAGUCAACUAUUGCUCUUAUUUUUAGGUACUGAGAUUCUUUGUGAGAUCACAGCUGAGUUGGGGAGAGACUGACUAAUAUGAGCAAUAAUUUGAGGUGCUGUAUAGACUUUUACUCACGUACUGCUUGGAAAUCAGCAGCAGUGCUGUGAAAUUUGAUCAAAGAGAGUUGGUGGAUUUAUAUACGAGGAUCUCUUCACCCAGACUGAGAUGCUUCCCUGUGUUUCUUCCACCCUGUUGUUGUGCUGAGCUCAAAGAUGAGGUUUACACUGAAGUAUUAGUGCCAUUACAGCCUUCCACUCUCAACUGAAUGUUUCAUUGACAAGUAAAUGUUACGCAUUUUAGUGUUAAGUACUUUAAAGGGUGCUGUAUACCUUUUUAGACUUGUUUUGCUGGGCUGCCACAAAACUCUACCAUUUUAUUCAGCUUUGAGCUGAUGCAAUUUUGUUUUAUUUACUACAAAACCUUAAUGUGACACAUUCUAAACACACACAACACGUUUUUCAUUAUUUUGAGGAACCAAUGCCAUUUUAACCGCAACAGCCGUGCCAACAUGUGGCGAAGGCGGAGCCGUUGGAGCGCAGCAUCACUGGAGGAUUUAGCCAAACGUUUGGUGCUUCAAAAAAGCCAUCGUUUACCAUGCCGUCUCCAUUGUGAACCCAGCUGGUGUGUGUGUGCGUGCGUCUCAUCCGGAUCAUAUCGUACCCUGGUUAGAGGCCCAGCUCUGCUCCACUAUCCUUCCAUCUCGCUAACCUCAGCAUUGAGCCCACGCCAGGCCUUUGAAUUGAAUGUGAGCAGAAAGGCUCUCGGUCAGCACAAACCCCGUGCUUCGUAACUGCAGCCACUCAGAUCAGCCCCCCGGCGCGCUCUGAUCUCACACUCCGGCCUCCCGGGGGCCCCUCGCAGGCCCUUACCCUCUCCGUUCAGAUCCGGGGCCCCUGUAGAGACAGCAAUUUGAGCCACUUUGAGAUUAACGCGUGGAUUCAAUCAAUCCCACAUUAAGGCCACUGUACGGGUCAAUGACAAAUCUGUCAAUUUUUCUGCUUUGUGCCGUUUCUAACUUUUCUGGUUUGAUAUAGUGGAGUUUUCGGUCAAGACAGUUUGUGCUGUGGAUUGAUUGAGUUCACGGUGCAGCAGGGUUUUAUAGACUUCUGGAAAGACGCUAGAGAGCCCACCUAGACAAAAAGUGAAGUGGAAUAUUCCAAAGAGUUCAGCACUGUUGAUUGUGUCAGAGUAAUCGCAAACCAGAGGACAAUUUGUAUAUGUUUUAGCUGUAAAACUUGUAUAUUUUAUUUAUAAUUGUCAUUUCUUUAUUUUUCACUUAAGUACUCUGUAGUGAGCUCAUUGAAAAUGCACUAUAUUUUUCUAUCUCACAUGCAGCUGAUUCUCGUCACCCUCACUCUUUCAGUUGUACAUACUUUCUCAUUUAGGACCAAAGAGAGCUAAUAGGUUUCCAUUUUAGAAGAGUAUUUUUUUCUUUUCUCUUUAAGGUCGGAAAAAAUGUACAGUUCAAAGGAAUUGUUGAUUUAUUAUUUAUUUUUCUGUGACAAGAGUAUGGAGAGUAUUCAUUGGUCAAAAAAAAAAAAGUAUUUUCCUCAGUUGAGAAACUGUAUGGUCAUUUACCUAGAUGAUUUCUUGUUACAUAGACCUUUUUUUUUUCUUUUGCUUUGUAAGCUUUGUAAUAGACUGUACAUAUAUUUUUGGAAAUAUAAUGCAAUCUUUAUA